CUGGAGUCCACCAACCGUCAGUACAGUCCAGUCUUCAGUUCUCCUGAAGUGAGUGGCCUGGACUGGAUGGCGUUCCAUUCCAAGUUUCCAGUCCGUCCUCCAGUCCUUCCUCGCCUCCCGCAGCCAACAUCUUACCAUCACUCUUUCUUUCAAACACCUCCUGCCAUUCACUUGCUGUCGCUCCUGGUUUCCUGUUAUUCUCCCACUCUCUCUCCGAGGGCUCGGCAACGCUCUUUUACUCGAUUCGAUUCUCAUCGACUCCAGACUCAACACUCUGGACCUCAUUAAUCAGCACUUUGCGAUAGCAUCCCUCCGUUUGGGCUCUGCAGCUGUCCACAGAGUGAUUCAACAAAGCCCCAUGAAUAUCUGAGUUGAGACCGUAUUGAAUCAUGUCGGGCUACCCAGGUGGUGGCGCCGGCGGCGGCCAUUACGACGACGGCUACGGUCAACCAACCCAGCAAGGCGGUCACGGCAAUCCGGACUCGUACUAUCAGGAUGACCAGUACUACGACCAAGGCUACGACAACCGUGGCGGAACGGGCCAAGCUGCGGGCGGCCACGAUGGUUACUACGAUGAAUCCGGUUACUACACUGCGGAUCAAAACAACCCUUACCACAACGAGGGCGGCUACUACGACGGCCAGGACCAGUACCGAGAUGACUACUACGACAAUGGCCAGGGUGGCGGCUAUUACGACGACUACAACCAGGGCUACGGUAACCAACGAGGGCGCCACGGCUCUGAAGAGGAUUCUGAGACAUUCAGUGACUUCACAAUGCGGUCUGAUAUGGCCCGAGCUGCUGAGAUGGACUACUAUGGCCGUGGCGACGAGCAAUACAAUAACUAUGGCGAUCCAAACGGCGGUGGCCGCGGAUACCGCCCUCCUUCGUCGCAGAUGUCUUACGGCGGUAAUCGUUCCUCAGGCGCAUCCUCUCCCAACUACGGCAUGGAUUACGGCAACGCCCUCCCGGCAGGCCAGCGCAGUAAAGAGCCCUACCCGGCUUGGACGUCGGAUGCCCAAAUUCCCCUGUCCAAGGAAGAGAUCGAGGACAUCUUCAUGGAUCUCACAUCGAAGUUCGGGUUUCAACGCGACAGCAUGCGCAACAUGUACGAUCACUUGAUGACUCUUCUCGACUCCAGGUCCUCGCGCAUGACCCCGAAUCAAGCACUCUUGUCGCUUCACGCUGAUUACAUUGGCGGUAACAACGCUAACUACCGCAAAUGGUACUUUGCGGCCCACUUGGACCUCGAUGAUGCUGUCGGCUUCGCCAACGCCAGGACGUCAGGCAAAAAGCGCAAGAAGAAGAGCAAGAAGAACAAGGGCGGCCUCGAGGGCGCGAAUGAGGAAGAACAGAUGCAAGAACUUGAGGGUGACGAGAGCCUCGAAGCCGCCGAGUUUCGAUGGAAGACCAGGAUGAACAGGAUGUCACAGCACGACCGCGUGCGUCAGAUUGCCUUGUACUUGCUCUGCUGGGGCGAGGCCAAUCAGGUGCGCUUCAUGCCGGAGUGUCUUUGCUUCAUUUUCAAGUGUGCCGACGACUACCUCAACUCCCCGGCCUGCCAGGCUUUGGUCGAGCCUGUGGACGAGUUCACCUUCCUCAACAAUGUUAUCACGCCACUCUAUCAGUACGUCCGCGAUCAGGGCUACGAGAUCUUGGAUGGUAUCUACAUUCGUCGGGAAAAGGAUCACAAGGACAUUAUCGGCUACGACGACUGCAACCAGCUCUUCUGGUAUCCAGAGGGUAUCGAGCGUAUCGUCCUGCACGACAAAAGCAAGCUGGUCGAUGUCCCUCCCGCCGAGCGCUAUCUCAAGUUGAACGAGAUCAAUUGGAAGAAGUGCUUCUUCAAGACAUACAAGGAAACUCGCUCUUGGUUCCAUCUCUUGAUCAACUUCAACCGCAUCUGGAUCAUUCAUUUGACCAUGUUCUGGUUCUUCACCUCGUACAAUGCCCCGACCUUGCUCAUUUUCAACACGUACGAGCAGGAAGCGGAUAAUCAACCGAGGGGCUCAAAGCAAUUCGCGAUCGUCAGCUUCGGUGGUGUCGUUGCUUCUCUCAUCCAAAUCGUGGCAACUCUGUCAGAAUGGGCUUACGUACCGCGACGUUGGGCCGGUGCGCAACACUUGACCAAACGAUUGUUGUUCCUCCUCCUCAUCUUCGUGCUCAACCUGGCUCCGGGCGUCAAAGUCUUCGGAAUCCCGACAAAGGUGAAUAAGGGUGCUCUUGACGUGGACUUGGUCAUCGGCAUCGUUGGCUUCAUCAUCUCUGUCAUUACUUACCUCUACUUUUCGAUCGUGCCGCUGGGCGCCCUCUUCGGAAGCUACUUGACGAGAAACUCCCGACGCUACGUUGCCAGCCAGACAUUCACCGCUAGCUGGCCUAGCCUCAAGGGCACUGACAUGGCCAUGUCCUAUGGUCUUUGGAUGGUCGUCUUUGGUCUCAAGUUUGGAGAGUCAUACGUGUAUCUGGCACUGCCCUUCCGAGAUCCGCUGCGUUACAUCCACAUCAUGAACGUUGACACUUGUAAAGGCGACAAGUUGCUCUUCGGAAACGACCUAUGCAAAUGGUUCCCCAUGAUCCUGCUUGGGCUGAUGAUCUUCACCAAUUUGCUGUUCUUCUUCCUGGACACUUAUCUCUUCUACGUCUUGUUCAACACUUUGUUCUCGCUCGCUCGGUCUUUCUACCUCGGUUCGUCAAUCAUGACGCCCUGGCGCAACAUCUUCUCUCGACUGCCAAAGCGCAUUUACUCAAAGGUUCUUGCCACCACGGACAUGGAGAUCAAGUAUAAGCCAAAGGUGCUCAUCUCUCAAGUCUGGAACGCCAUCAUUAUUUCCAUGUACCGAGAGCAUCUUCUCGCCAUCGACCACGUACAAAAGCUACUUUACCAUCAGGUUCCAUCUGAGCAAGAGGGCAAGCGGACACUUAGGGCACCCACGUUCUUCGUCUCGCAGGAAGAUCACUCAUUCAAAACCGAAUUCUUCCCCAAGUACAGCGAAGCCGAGCGCCGCCUGUCCUUCUUCGCGCAGUCUUUGUCCACACCUAUUCCUGAGCCUUUGCCUGUGGACAACAUGCCAACCUUCACUGUCAUGAUCCCUCACUACAGCGAAAAGAUUCUGCUGUCCCUCCGCGAAAUCAUUCGUGAGGACGAUCCUUACUCCCGUGUGACACUUCUGGAAUAUCUCAAACAGCUCCACCCCCAUGAAUGGGAUUGCUUUGUCAAGGACACCAAGAUUCUGGCCGACGAGACUUCCCAGCUCACUGGUGAGGGCGAUGUCGACGAGAAGGACACUGCCAAGAGCAAGAUUGAUGAUCUUCCCUUUUACUGCAUUGGUUUCAAGUCUUCUGCGCCUGAGUACACGCUCCGCACCAGGAUUUGGUCCUCACUGCGUUCCCAGACGUUGUAUCGCACGAUCUCUGGCUUCAUGAACUACAGCCGUGCUAUCAAGUUGCUCUACCGCGUCGAGAAUCCCGAGGUGGUCCAAAUGUUUGGAGGCAACUCGGAGAAGCUUGAGCGCGAAUUGGAGCGCAUGGCUCGCCGCAAGUUCAAGCUCGUCGUUUCCAUGCAACGUUACUCCAAGUUCAAGAAGGAGGAAAUGGAGAACGCCGAGUUCUUGCUGCGUGCUUACCCCGAUCUUCAGAUUGCGUACCUCGACGAGGAGCCUGCUGCCGUGGAGGGAGAAGAGCCCCGUCUUUACUCCGCGUUGAUCGAUGGGCAUUCCGAACUCAUGGAGAACGGCAUGCGUCGACCCAAGUUCCGUAUUCAGCUGUCCGGCAAUCCAGUCCUUGGCGACGGCAAGUCAGACAACCAGAACCACUCCAUCAUUUUCUACAGAGGCGAAUACAUCCAGCUCAUCGACGCGAAUCAAGACAACUACCUGGAAGAGUGUUUGAAGAUUCGCAGCGUCCUUGCCGAAUUCGAGGAGAUGAAAGCGGACACUGUUUCCCCGUACACACCCGGCGUCAAGAACGAGACACCUGAUCCUGUCGCCAUUCUUGGUGCCCGCGAGUACAUCUUCUCUGAAAACAUUGGCAUCCUCGGUGAUGUCGCCGCCGGUAAAGAACAAACAUUCGGUACACUUUUCGCUCGUACCAUGUCCCAGAUUGGUGGCAAGCUGCAUUACGGUCAUCCUGAUUUCCUCAAUGGUAUCUUCAUGACCACCCGUGGAGGCGUCUCCAAGGCCCAGAAGGGAUUGCAUCUGAACGAAGAUAUCUUUGCUGGUAUGAAUGCCCUCCUCCGCGGUGGGCGCAUCAAGCACUGCGAGUACUACCAAUGUGGCAAGGGUCGUGAUUUGGGCUUCGGCUCGAUUCUCAACUUCACAACCAAGAUUGGCACUGGUAUGGGCGAACAGCUCCUAUCCCGCGAGUACUACUACUUGGGGACGCAGCUGCCGCUGGAUCGAUUCCUCUCCUUCUAUUACGCCCACGCCGGUUUCCACAUCAACAACAUGUUCAUCAUGCUUUCUGUUCACAUGUUCAUGAUUGUACUCGUCAAUCUGGGAGCUCUUCGUCAUGAAACCGUUGCAUGCGAAUACAAGCGCGAAGUCCCUAUUACCGACCCCAUGUUCCCGACCGGCUGCGCCAACACACCGGCUCUGAUGGACUAUGUCUGGCGCUGUGUUAUCUCCAUCUUCUUCGUCUUCUUCAUCUCAUUCGUUCCCCUCAUCGUGCAAGAGCUGAUGGAGCGCGGCGUGUUCCGUGCAGCUGUCCGAUUUGCAAAGCAAUUCUUCUCGCUUUCGCCUUUCUUUGAGGUUUUUGUCUGCCAGAUCUAUGCGAACUCUGUGACGCAGGAUCUUACCUUUGGUGGUGCUCGAUACAUUGGUACCGGUCGUGGUUUCGCGACGGCUCGCAUCCCCUUUGGAGUCUUGUACUCGAGGUUUGCCGGACCGUCGGUGUACUUCGGUUCCCGCCUCCUCAUCAUGCUUCUCUUCGCGUGUACGACUGCCUGGCAACCGGCUUUGACCUACUUCUGGAUCACGACGCUUGGUCUUACGGUCUCGCCUUUCCUCUACAACCCCCACCAGUUCGCCUUUUCCGACUUCUUCAUUGAUUACCGCGACUUUCUCCGGUGGCUGUCGAGAGGCAACUCGCGAUCCCACGCAUCGUCCUGGAUCUCGUUCAGUCGACUGUCCCGAACACGCAUCACGGGUUACAAGCGCAAGGUCUUGGGCGAUCCCUCUGCCAAGAUGUCCGCGGACGUGCCGCGUGCUGCCAUCACCAACAUCUUCUUCGGGGAGAUCCUCGCGCCUCUUCUCCUAGCGGUCGUCACUACCCUCCCGUACCUGUUCAUCAAUGCGCAGACAGGAGUCUUGCCCAGCAGGAACAACGACGAGGACAUCGAGCCCACCAACUCGCUGAUCAGGCUGCUCGUUGUGGCUUUCGCUCCAGUCGCCAUCAACGCAGGCGUCUUGAUGGUCAUGUUCUUCAUGGCGUGUUUCAUGGGCCCUCUCCUGUCGAUGUGCUGCAAGAAGUUUGGUAGUGUCCUUGCUGGUAUUGCACACGCGCUCGCCGUGAUUUUCCUGAUCGUCUUCUUCGAGGCUAUGUUUGUUCUGGAAAGUUUCAACUUUGCAAGGACGCUAUGUGGCAUGAUUGCCGUCAUUGCUCUGCAGCGCUUCUUCUACAAGCUCAUUGUGGCGACCGCCCUCACCCGUGAGAUGAAGACGGACCAGUCUAACAUAGCUUUCUGGACUGGAAAGUGGUACUCCAUGGGGUGGCACUCCAUCUCACAGCCAGCACGAGAGUUUCUCUGCAAGAUUACGGAGUUGGGCAUGUUCGCCGCCGAUUUCGUGCUCGGUCAUUGGAUCUUGUUCAUCAUGAUGCCGUUCGUCACAAUCCCCAAAAUGGAUGUCUUGCACUCCAUCAUGCUCUUCUGGCUCAUGCCAAGUCGUCAAAUCCGUCCUCCCAUUUAUUCCAUGAAGCAGUCCAAGCUCAGGCGUCGUCGCGUGAUCCGCUUCGCCAUCAUGUAUUAUGCCAUGCUUGUCUUGUUCCUAGCACUUGUUGUCGGGCCGGCUGUCGCAGGCCCCAAAUUGGUGCCAAAGAACGCGGUUUCGGAUGUCAUCAAUGGCUUUCUCCCCGAUCUGAGGCUUGUCCAGCCCAACGGUCAGGAUCACGACAACACGAACAGCACGAUGCUUACCGGCACGGGCCGGGUUGAUCCUCCUUAUAGCGGAGUUCUCGCGCAGUCGAGUUCCACCGACAGCUCUCGCGCAACGAACAAGAUCAAGCUCUUUUAAGGGCAUCACCAUGGUGUAUUAACAUUGGGUGGCGGCGUUGUGCAUUAUCGAAGCAUCAAACCCAUACAGACCUCUGAGGUGGGAGGUUGAAUUUGGUGGAUAUCAAGGGGCGCCUUGCUGUGUGUCAUGUUAAUGCGUGGAGGUUUUUAGUUUCAUUAGCAACGCAAAAUUGUCUGCUUGAUUAGAAUGCAAUGAUUUGUUAGAAUGCGAGAGAGA